GGAGGCGAAGGGAGGGGUGUACAGGAGGAUUCCCAAAACCAAGCCAGCUCGCUGCCUCCUCAGGACUAAACUAGAGCAGCGUGGCCGCGGAAGGAGCGAGAGACACGCCAGAGGAGAGGGGUGGGAAAGAGACCGGACUCCCAGCUGCGUCCCGGAUGCGGACUGUCAACUUCCAGCAACUUUAAGAUCUCCGCGGGUCGCCUAGCGAAGAUGCCUCGCCCGGGCAGAAACACUUACAGCGAUCAGAAGCCUCCCUACUCCUACAUCUCGCUGACCGCCAUGGCGAUCCAGAGCUCCCCGGAGAAGAUGCUGCCCCUGAGCGAGAUCUACAAGUUCAUCAUGGACCGCUUCCCCUACUACCGGGAGAACACUCAGCGCUGGCAGAACUCCCUCCGCCACAACCUCUCCUUCAACGACUGCUUCAUCAAGAUCCCGCGCCGCCCCGACCAGCCGGGCAAGGGCAGCUUCUGGGCGCUGCACCCCAGCUGCGGGGACAUGUUCGAGAACGGCAGCUUCCUGCGCCGCCGCAAGCGCUUCAAGGUGGUCAAGUCGGACCACCUGGCCCCCAGCAAGCCGGCGGACGCGGCGCAGUACCUGCAGCAGCAAGCCAAGCUGCGGCUCAGCGCCCUCGCGGCCACCGGCACCCACCUACCCCAGAUGUCCACGUACAAUCUUGGCGUGUCUCAGCCCUCCAGCUUCAAGCACCCCUUCGCCAUCGAGAACAUCAUCGCCAGAGAGUACAAGAUGCCCGGGGGCCUCGCCUUUUCCACGAUGCAGCCCAUGCCGGCCGCCUACCCCCUCCCCAAUCAAUUGACUACGGUGGGCAGCUCCAUUGGCACGGGCUGGCCCCACAUGUAUAGCUCCGGCAUGAUCGACACCGCCACCCCCAUCUCCAUGGCCAGCAGCGAGUACGGCGCCUACGGCGUGCCCAUCAAACCGCUCUGCCAUGGGGGGCAGACUUUGCCGGCCAUCCCCGUCCCCAUCAAGCCUACCCCCGCCGCGGUGCCAGCCCUGCCCGCCCUGCCCGCGCCCAUCCCCACCAUCCUCUCGAACUCGCCGCCCUCCCUCAGCCCCACUUCCUCGCAGACGGCCACCAGCCAAAGCAGCCCGGCCACCCCCAGUGAGACUCUCACCAGCCCGGCGCCCGCCCUGCACUCCGUGGCUGUGCACUGACCCGGGCCGCCUGCACGGACGCUGCCUUUCCCUUUCUCCCAAAGUUUCCUCGGAGCUCUCCUCCCUCCCCUUCUCUCCCUCCUUUCGCUUCUUUCUCCUCUCUACUCUUUUCCUCGAAAGCAGAGACAACUCCCCGCGGGAAGCUGAGGUCUGCGGUUCGCCCGAGCUCCCUUUCCGCCUCGCCCCUUCAGCCGAGCCCUCCCUCGCGGCUCG